CAGACUCCUAAGUUACAUUUUGAAAAUGUCUUCUGAUCCCUGGAGCCCUUCCUCCUAAAGAGCUGUUGGUUACUCCUUAAGAAGUCCGUGUACUACUGGACUCCCUUCUGACUUACAGAGGGGUGUUGAACUAAGGGGGUGCCCUCCUAGAUGUCCUGGGUAACAACAAACACACACAAACUUGCUUGCUUAGAGAUAUAGGCUCCUGAUCAGAGAGCACAUGGAUUUCCAUGUCAUCUGCUCUUGUUUGUUUCUCUUCAUGGGUGUGAUUUCAAAAUCAAAACCCUGAAUAGCCUUAGCACAGUUUGAAUUAUAUAAUUGUGCAGCCCCAGAGUCACAUGACUUGCUGUCUGAGUAAUUCCCUGCAGAAGGAGACAAGCUGCAUGGUAAAAAACUUAACAAACAGUGUUUAAAACAAAAAGUAGACAGUACAGGUUUUCCAUAGCACUUCAUCUGAAAUCAUCUACUGCUGCAACAGCCCCAGUGGAUUUCUGGGUCAAAGCUUAGAUGGGGAGAGGACGAAUGGGAGUAGGAGGACACUAGCUGGACUUGUGUGUUCUUUUCUGUUCCCUUUGAUACAACCUCUGCCUUCAAAACUGGUUGCCUCCGCUGUUGAACAAAAUGAGUGGUUCACUGGAAACCUCAACAAGGAGCUAGGAAUCAUUGCCUUGUGGAGUUUCAGAAAGCACAGCUGUUGCAGAGAGAGAAAGGCAGGAAGUGUGAAAGCAGCUUUGUGAUCUCUAACAGCUGACGAAGUGGAAAGACUGGCUUCAAUGCGUUCAGACUCUCUAGUACCAGGAACCCACACUCCUCCAAUCAGGAGAAGAAGUAAGUUUGCCAAUAUAGGAAGGAUUUUCAAGCCAUGGAAAUGGAGGAAGAAGAAGAGUGAAAAGUUCAAACACACUUCUGCAGCUCUGGAAAGAAAAAUAUCAAUGAGGCAAAGCAGAGAGGAACUUAUAAAACGAGGAGUCUUGAAGGAAAUCUUUGAUAAAGAUGGGGAGCUUUCCAUACCAAAUGAAGGAUCGUUGGAGAAUGGGCAGGCUCUGAGCUCCAGCCAGCUUUCACUACCAGCCCUAGCAGAACUGGAAUCAGGUUCCGCGUCUGGGGAACCCUGUGCAUAUGAGGUGCUCCCAAGCACAGAUAUCAUGGAUGGGACAGUGUCUGAAGAAAGCCCCACAUCCAAUGAGUCUGGAGUCCUCCUGUCCCAAGAUCCUUCAGCUAAACCAGUCCUGCUACUUCCCCCCAAAAAAUCUGCUGCUUUCCCUGGAGACCAUGAGGACACCCCAGUGAAACAGCUGUCCCUCCUCAAACAGCCCCCUGCCCUGCCUCCUAAACCCAUUGCCAGGAUUGCCAGCCACUUAACUGAUCCUGGGGCUCCUAUGAAACUGCCUUCUUGUAUGCCAGUCAAACUAUCGCCUCCGCUACCUCCAAAGAAAGUCAUGAUUUGCAUGCCUUUAGGGGGACCAGACCUCUCUCUUGCAUCCUAUUCCAUGCAGAAGAGUUCCCAGCAGCCUUUGGGUCCACAUCAUCACUCUGUACUGCCAUCCCAGUUAGCCGCCCACCAGCACCAGCUUCCCUACGGCAGCCACAGCCAGCAUCUGCCUUCUGGAUCCAGCUCGCAACCUAUUUACCCUUCAGGGUGCCGGAUGAUCGAGGAAUUGAACAAGACGCUGGCCAUGACCAUGCAGAGGCUAGAAAGAAACCCUGCCUCAUUCAGUGCACAGGAUGGAGGGUUCUUCCUUAAUAACUCUGGUUUACACCCGGGUGACAGUGUCACAAAAACAGGACCUGGAGGCCUUUCAGACAUGAGACAAGUGCCAACUGUUGUGAUCGAAUGCGAUGACGAUAAAGAAAAUGUGCCUCAUGAAUCGGACUAUGAAGAUUCUUCCUGCCUUUACUCAAGAGAGGAAGACGAUGAGGAGGAAGAUGAAGAUGAUGAUAGCUCAUUAUUUACAAGUUCUCUGGCAAUGAAAAUCUGCAGGAAGGAUUCCUUAGCAAUCAAACUUAGCAACAGGCCCUCCAAACGAGAGCUGGAGGAAAAGAACAUCCUCCCAGUGCAGACUGAUGAAGAGAGACUUGAACUGAGGCAGCAGAUAGGAACAAAGCUAACAAGACGACUGAGCCAGAGGCCCACUGCUGAAGAACUGGAGCAGAGGAACAUUCUGAAACCUCGGAAUGAGCAAGAGGAGCAGGAGGAAAAACGGGAGAUAAAGAGAAGAUUAACACGCAAGCUGAGCCAAAGGCCCACAGUGGAAGAGCUGCGUGAGAAAAAGAUCCUCAUCCGCUUCAGUGACUACGUGGAAGUGGCGGAUGCUCAGGACUACGACAGGAGGGCGGACAAACCCUGGACGCGACUCUCCGCCGCCGACAAAGCAGCCAUUCGAAAAGAGCUGAAUGAAUUUAAAAGCACUGAAAUGGAGGUUCAUGAAUUAAGCAGGCAUCUAACAAGGUUUCAUAGACCGUAGCAGUUCAGUCCUACUUGACUAUUAUGCCGUCUUUAAAACCUAAAAAGAACCGUAAGUGCUGGCAUUAUUCACUUCCUGUUACGUACAAUGUAAAUCAUCUGAACUGCCUUUUUAAAAUAAAUAAAUUAAAUAAACAAAUGAAAAUAAGGGGGGAAGCAAGAUAGAAAUUGUACUUACGUGUGAUGGGUACUGCUACAUCAUCAGAUCUUCUGGCACAAGCUUCAAUAAUACCCCUGGUGGGAACCAUACCAAGAGCUGGCAUCUAUGCUUAUGACUUCCUGGCAUGUGGAUUCACCAUAUUUGUCCAAGCCCAGCUGGAAAUGCAUCCGUUCUGUCUUUACUCAGCCGGCAUCCUUGCAGGCAUCUGUCACCUGACUCCAGAGAAAGCUGAGGCACUUGGCAGUGGUCUGGGAAUGACUGUGCUGGGUGAAGUGUCCCAAGAGGCCUGCAGGCGUGUUAAAGCACGCUUAGUCCAAACACGUCUUUCCAUCUGUGAGCACCUCAGAAGGGGGAGGAGAGAGGAGGACUGCUCUAAGGACCUGCCCACUUUUGGAAUACAAAGAAAUUUACUUUCCAUGGAGGAAUUUGUAACUGGUUGAUCAUCAUCAUUCUGGUUCACAAGGACAGCAUUCCUUCCUGAAGGCUGGUUUUGCUCAAUCAACUUCAUUUUCCACACCGAAGUAGGACUCCACAAACAUUAAGUCACAACAAUAUUGGGACAAACAAAAGGCACUUUGUGUAGUCAUUCCUACCUGUGCCUGGUGCUCAUCAAGGGUGUGUAGAGCACAAUCAAAUCAGAAUAGCUGUGUUUGCCAUCCAGUUCACACAAGUAUAAGGCACCAGCGACUCAGGUCCAAGGUCUGGAUUCCAAUGAGGUAGCCAUGAGAUAUGUAUUAUUCUGUAUGCAUGAGUGGGCGUGUAAGGGCCUGUGCUUCAGUCCUAUUGAGAAUGAUCUUUUCUUCGAGUGGGGCCUGGUGUCACAAAAAUAUACUGAUGCGCUGUGAUGGCUGGCUCAGAAUUGUCUCCAAUGUUUAGAACCAAGGCAAUUGGCAAAAGCCCAGAGGCGCUUUAUAGAGGCGUGCUUUUAACUGGUAAAAUGGCCACUUACAGCUCAGUAUGGCAAGGGGUGAUCACUCUCGCCAUGACCCCGCAAAGCACUUCUGCCUGUGUUUAACUUGAAUUAAACAGGGGAGUAGACACUUCGAAAGCAACAAAAUAAAUCGGAUGCUUAAUUAACAUCAAGCAGAUGCUGAAGGGCUUUGCUGGGUCAGAGCCAGAGGGUUCAACCCAUCGCAGCCCGGAUGCUGGAUAAACCUGACAAGCUGUGAACAAAUGCCUGUGAUUCCAUCCCUUAUUGAGAAAAUAUACUACUGCCUUCUACAAAAAUGGUCCAAGAUGCUGAAGGGACAUUUCUGUACGUUGCAGUGUCUUAGACCAUGCCUGUGGAAUAGUAUCACACGUGGUUUUUUUUAUUAUGCCUGUUGUUUGGCUUUUGAAAGUCUGUGCAGGGAGGCCUGUGUUUUCUGGCACAGCAGUAUCCUUUGCAAGAGUUUGUACGUACGCAACCACUCGCAUUUCCUCCCUCCCAUUUUUACUUCCCUGGAGUACCUGAGUCAAACAGUGCCCAUGCCCACCAUGGAUUUCAAACUAGUAACUGGAAUCAUUGGGAGAUUGUUUGAACAGGUGUAUAGUAUGUGCCCAGUGAUAUGCAGAGCACACUCCGCUCCUCUUGGACCUUUUUCUUAGUCCACUUGCACUGGCGUAAAUCAACAGCAACACUGUGUAACUCAGUGAAGUGCAUCUGUAUAAAGCCCAUGUCAAUGACAUAAGCAGGAUACCUAUUGGCUUCAUUAAAAACUGAGGCUGGUCAGUGCCUGCCAGGAUGAGGUUACCAGGGUGACUUGUGAGUGGGCAUUUGGGGAAGACUGAAUGUCUGUUAGAGGACGGAGGGCAUUAAUAAGAAAGCAAAGAGCUCCUCAGCCAUUUCCACAGGAGCCAAAAUACGGACCGUUGCCCUCUGGCUUCAUUUCUAUUUGAGGGACUAGGUCUCUGCAGUUAUUAUCUAGCACUUAGUGGUGUUGCAAUAGCCUGAAAAUAAAAGUGUUUCCUGUAAGCCCAUCACAUACACAGGACAUACUUGCCUGGACUUGUCAAAAAAAAUAAUCCCAAUAUACUCUGGAGAAGAAGAUUUAUCUUAGAGGCCACCCUUCUUUUUGUAUAAGUAUGGUCUGCCAGUGUCUGGUCUGACUGACUUGAUUACAGGACAUUGCAGAUUAAAUUUAGUGGGGAAGGACAAUGCAGUUCCUCCGACAAGAGUUCACCAGCAGUGAGAACCCAACAUUCAGCAUUAUCAGCAUGGGGCAGGAACAGCAGAGCAGGUAUUCACCACGCACGUAUUGCUUCAGGGUGGUUGUUUUUCCCCUGAAAUCACAAGUGUGCCAAAUACCAGAUUCACACACACUUGGCUGGCACAGAGAAAACAAAGGUCUUGGCAUAUGAACGUGCAUGUCGCAUUAUGAAAUGGCCCGGGGACGUGGCUGCUUCAAACAGCUGCAAGCCCCAGGAUUCAGAACGUGGCCUCCCACAGCUACCCACUUGCCCUGGCUGUGGUGAGGUUGAGCUGUGCGGGGGAUGGGGCUGAGGCAGCAGGAGUGACUGAAAUCACAGUGUUCAGAAUGUGGGAGCUGGUGGGAGCAUUAAGGAAAAGGUGCGUUUGGGUUCCUUGUUAAACAGGAAGAAUGAGAGGCUGAGAUAAAGGGAUCGGCAUCCAGCUUUUGCCAUCCCUGCAGCUCUCCCAGUUAAAGCCCAGCUGCUAAUGAAGGAGCCCACAUGGUAGAUGACACUCUAGCACUACAGCCUGUCCCUGGUGUGUCGGGGCCCUGCUGCAACCCGCCAGUGGCCCUGCAGGUCUGGCAGCCUGAGUGAACUGCCCCUGUUCAGUGGUUUUCUAGCUUACAGGAGAGUCCUGGCAUUGGGUAGUGGUCUCAGUAUUACCAACAACCAUGCGGCUGGAGAUAAAGGCCAAAUCCAGCUUCCACAGAACUCCCAGAAAGUCCCUCCUCCCCCAAGAUUUGUUCUGCCCUGUCUGCACUGAGACAAGAUGUGGAAGGCGCUUGAGGUACUAUUCCAUUUGCCUGAUAUUCUAACAGAAACUGCUGCUAGUCCACUCUAAUCUGAAACAGUGUUCAGUGGAACUGCCCUAUUCCUCGUGAUCUGCAGCUACCUCACAUUGGUGAGGACUCCAGGUGAAAUGCCCAUCUUAGCAGCAGCAAACAGCCCAUGCUGCAUAGCUGGCAUUACUUCUCCAUGUUUGCCUAAGGAUGUUUGGGUGUUUAGUAGGAGAUGGUCACUGGCGUGACAUCUUCCCAAAAGGUAACUGGGUGACUAAACACAGCAUGGUGCCCCACUUUGCUUACAUAACUCCUUUUGACUUGCGUAGAAGUUUAAGAGCAAAAUGAGAACAGACUAUUUUUUUAAAUAAAUGUGUAUUUUCUGCAGAAGUGUGAAUGCUUUUCCCCUCAGAUAAGUCUGCUACAGCCGUGUCCACAUGGCACUGGACUUGGUAUUCCAUCUGAAACAAGGAAUACGCUUUUAAAAAAACUUUGAUCAGGUAGAGCCCAUAAUAAAGCAGAAAUGUUUUCUACUGAGCAUUCAGUCACCAGCCACAAGUUUAAUUUGUAUUAGAAAUGUAUAAUAGCAGCACGCAUAUCACUUCAGCUGGUUUAAAGAAACAAAAAAUAGGUUGGUCAGAGCAAAAUUUGCGUGCACCCAUCACUGAUUGCGGGAGCUAGAUAGAGGGAAAAUGCCAAUGCUGAGAAAAGAAAAUAUACUGGUAAUAACGAAUCACUGGUGUUAAUGUUUGCAAGGUAUAAUGCCACAUCUGCUCAAGUACUUAUGGAAACAUGAGAGGGAAACUGAAAGAGAAAAAAAGCGAAGAAUGGUGGUAAAAAUAAUCAUCAAACUUCUAUCAAAUGGGUUGCUUAGUUUGAGAAAGUAACACAAAUUGCUGACACCUCUAUUUCCCCUAUCCCCCGUGCCAGAAAAAGUGUGUAAUGGAGCUGAGUGUACUACUCAUAGUAAACAAUGCACAAAGCAUUAUCCAUUUCAGAUGUGAGUAUGUUUCAGGGUAUAAAUCUUUUGGGGGCAGGGCCUUUGUGCGUCUGGUGCUUCAGACGCGCUACCAGGAAAAGCAGUGAAUAGUAGUAAUAGGCUUCUCUUUAUUUCUCUAUUUAUUUGUAGUUGUUCAGUGAACCUUUGAGAGGCUUCAACCUCAGGGUUACACGCCAGCACUUCACUUUAUCAUUGAUUAUUCUCUCUUCAUCAGGUGUGAUUGGUCACCUGAAUAACAUGUUACUGCUUCUGCAUGCCAACUGGACUGCUGAAACUUUAUAAACAGGAGGAAAGCACUUCCAAAAUGACCAGCAAAUAUUUGCAUUCACACACAGAUAUCCAUGUUCACGUGCAAAUAAGGUUACGACACUCAGAUCAACUGUUCCCCAAUGUUCUUACAAAGAAACCCACUUUUGUACAAAUAUCUGUGGGUGAAAACUUGGCCAACAGAAAUGGUUGCAAAUGAUCUUUCCCACUGCUCACCCAGUGAAGGGCACACUAACUGCUUUUCCAUGUAUCUUGCAUACUCCAGAAUCAGGUGCAUCUUCCAGCUGAUAUCCAAGUGUAUGUACAUAGUGUGUCUUUGUAUAGGAGUGAAUGUGGUGACUGUCAAUCAUGUGCUCUUCCAGUAUUGUAAUUUAACAGAUUAUGGCUGUAUGAAAACAAUGUAAAUAACUAAAAGAAAAAUAAAACUGGAUCUCUAUGUCCUAGAUUUUGUACAUACUGAAACUGCAUGGUAUUUAAAUUAUUGUUUGUCGCUAAUGUAUGCAGUUUCUUUAAAAAAAAUCAUUUUAAAAAAA